AUGCCGGCUUCCGUGGCUCUGGUGUCGCUGAUCUUUCUGGGUGUCCAGGCCCAGCAUGGCGCUGAUUGGACCUAUUCAGAGGGCAUGCUGGAUGAGACCCACUGGCCGGAGGAGUACCCGGACUGCGGGGGACAGCGGCAGUCACCCAUCGACCUGCAGAGGAGGAAGGUUCGCUUCAACCCUGACCUGCAGCCUCUGGAGCUGACGGGCUAUGGGGACAGCCAAGGAAGCCCAUUCCUUAUGACCAACAAUGGCCACACAGUGCAGAUCACCCUGCCCCCCACCAUGCAGCUGACGGCCCCAGAUGGCGCCGUGUACAAAGCCACGCAGAUGCACUACCACUGGGGCGGCGCGUCGUACGAGCUCAGCGGCUCCGAGCACACCAUCGAUGGGAUCAGGCGCGUGAUUGAGAUGCACCUUGUUCACUACAAUGCCAAGUAUGAGAGCUACGAUGUGGCUAAAGAUAAAUCGGAUGGUCUGGCUGUGAUGGCGGCCUUCGUGGAGAUCGAGGAGUAUGCUGAGAACACACACUACAGCUCCUUAAUUUCUCACCUGGCUAAUAUCAGGUAUCCAGGACAAACCACUUACCUGACUGACUUUGACAUUCUGGACAUGUUGCCCGGGGACAUGUACCACUACUACACCUACAACGGCUCGCUCACCACCCCGCCAUGCACGCAGAACGUCCGGUGGUUUGUCAUGUCGGACUCCGUGAAGAUCUCCAAGGCCCAGGUGAUCAAGCUGGAGAAUUCUGUGAUGAACCAUCAGAACCAGACCCUGCACAAUGGUUACCGCAAGACCCAGCCCCUUCACUCCAGAGUGGUAGAAGCCAACUUCCCCUACUUCCCGAAUGCAAGAUCGCAGUACCAGUAUUACUUGCAUAGGAUCAACACCAAACUUGACAGCCUGAUAAGCAGUUUGGCUGUGAAGAACUUGAAGAAGAAAAGACACCACUAG